ACAAAAAGAGCUUCCAGUUAGAUCACUAUCAAUGGAAAAUUGAAUAUUGAAUGUGGCUCCUUGAAUUACACAUUAUCCUUUCCUGUUUCAGCACAUCUCCCGUUUAUAUUGAGGUUUUUUAGAAAGAGGUGUUCCAGUAUUAGAUUCAUGCUGUAUCCUAAAAAAAUAAAGAGCAACACUGCUGUAUUAGUUUGGAAAUAAUGAACAUUGAUUUGUAUCUUGUCUUAUGGUUUCAGAGUCAGAAACCUUCAGGCUCAAUGCACAGGGUAAUAUUCAUCCUCUCAACGUUUGCUGUGAAGCAGCUCUGUACUUUAAUGAAGGCAUGAAACAGAGUUCCUUUGGGAACACUCAGUGACAAGGAACUGCAUAUGUUAAUUUCACAAAUCAAUUUAUGCACUAAAGGAAAUGCUAAAGGAAUUGGGUGGGAGUAAAACUGAGAAUGUAUAAUUGAUUAAGAUGAAUGAAAUUAAUUUAAAAUUAACCAUUGCAAUGAGACAAUAUGGUGUAUUGAAUUUAAGUGAACCGUGUUUCUGAUUUCACAUUCCCGCACAAGUUCAUGUGGUUUUAAUAUAAAUGGAGCAUAGUUUGGUUUCUACUGUGCUUUUUUUUCUCGGGCUACAUAAUCUAUGACCCCCUAUCCAUUACAGGAAUAGGUACUGCCUCGGGAAAGCGAAGACAGAGAAAGAGAAGGACUGUGUGUAUGCUCAUGGAGAGAUGGGUGCACACAAAUUUGUAACUUGGCUUUUUGUGUUUGCAAUCAAUCAUUCAUCUACUGACAGUUCUUUGCCUGUGCAAGCGCAACAUCAGCAAUCUGAGCUCACACAAAAACACACACACGUAUGUGCACACACAUUCAUUGGCACUGACAGCAGAGGCAGAGGGAGCAUUUCUCCUCUCCUAUCAUGCUGGCUAGUUAUACCAAUCCCCCCUCUGCAUUCCUCACACCGGUGCAGUCAGAGCUCAUACACAUCCAAACUGCUGCACACAAAUAUGUGCACAAACACACCAUCUCUCGCUCUCUCUCUCACACACACACAGGCAUUAUUCUGAUGGUCUGUUGUUGCAGGGGAGGCAGGGCUCUGGUUUCAUUCAGGCUUCAGGCGACUGCUAAAGUCUUGUUUGCGUGCAGUGACUGCUGGCUGCUUGACAACAAAGAUAUCAUCUCUGAGUUGCUCCAGGUACACAAAGGAUAAAGCGGUCUCUUUUUUGCAUCUGAAAUCUGGACUUGGACCACUAAGAUGAGGAGAGUGAAGAAAAUCAAGAUGAAGCCAGGGAGAUAACAUUGUUGACUGUGGAUCAUUUUACUAUUUGAUUGGAUUCAGCUUUGGACAUGCAGACGUAGACUUCUGAAGUUAGCCAGCCAGAGUGAGGAGAUUGGACAUUGUUCUUUAUCUGACAAAGGUUUGGACUGAGCUCCCUCAGAAAAUGGCUACAACCGAAACCAAAGUUACCAACAGCGGCACUGCAGGUCUGUCAUGGGCACGCGUCUGUAAAGAAUGUGGCCAGCAGCACGAGGGUCAAGACGCACACCUAUACGAGUAUCAGGAUGAGGUAGAUGAUGAACUGGUUUGCCACAUCUGCCUACAACCCCUGCUCAAACCUAUGGAUACUCCAUGUGGCCACACUUAUUGCUUUCACUGUCUCAGCAACUUCUUAAAAGAGCAGGACUUCUGCCCUGUGGAUCGCCAGCGGCUGCAGCUGCAUCAGUGCCGUCCCUCCAGCCUGCUGGUGAGGAACCUGCUGGACAAGCUGACUGUGAUGUGCCCCCACUAUGCAGAGUGCCAGCAGCAAAUGCAGCGCUGUGAACUGCAGCCUCACCUGCACAACAGAUGUCCUGUUUUUAGAAGGCUGAGGGAGGAAGCAGAGAAGAGGAAGAGGCCCUCAUGGCAUGAAUUAAAGGGACGUAAGGGUGACGGGGAGUUAUCUGGAGAUGCCAAACAUUCAGCAACGCUAUCUCGAAAUCCUGCCCGGGAUCAGCCUGAGCCUGGACUGAUUAAUCCUGCCUAUGAGGAAAGUGAGGAUGAUAACACUCCUCUGAGAUCCAGUCUUGUGGCUGAAGCCAACCUUGUGGAGCUGUUCAGAGAGGAACCCGAGGAGGAACUGGGCCUUCGCAUCGUGGGUGGGAAAGACACACCGCUGGGAAACAUAGUCGUCCAGGAGAUUGUCCGGGACUCAAUAGCAGCUCGCGAUGGCAGGCUGGCCCCGGGGGAUCAUAUCUUAGAGGUGAAUGACGUCAGUUUGGCUUCAGUUCCCCAUGCCCGGGCCAUUGCAAUGCUGCAGCAGCCUUCCCUCAUCAGGCUCACUGUCAUGCAAGAGAAAGGUUUCAAAUUAAGGGAUCAACGAUCUGAUCAUCACCCUUCCACUUCUACUGCCACCCAGCCCUCUCCUAGUCCCCAUGGUAACGCUUCAUCUAACCACAAUCCCGGCACAGUCCUGCAGGUGACGUUGAUGAAGAGUCACCGCACAGAACCACUCGGCAUCAAACUGAUUCGCAAGUCUGAUGAGAGUGGGGUUUUUAUCCUUGACCUGUUGUCUGGCGGUCUGGCUGCCAAAGAUGGAAAACUGAGGAACAAUGACAAAGUGUUGGCCAUCAAUGGGCAUGACCUGAGACACGGCACACCUGAGAGUGCAGCCCAGAUCAUACAGGCCAGUGAGGUGCGUGUGAACUUUGUGGUAAUGAGACCUGCAGAGACACCGGAGGAAGGAGGAAGCAGCAGAGAGGGCCAACACAGAGCAGCCAGGAGGGGGCCUGAGCCACAGUACUUUAGGCGUCCCGCUACCUACAUGAAGGAACCUCCAGGCGGGUUUUCCAGCCAGGAGAAGACUGUGAGCCUGAAGAAGGAGCCUCGGCUUUCUCUGGGUAUCACCAUCGCUGGCGGGAGGGAUUGUCGGAGUCGACUGCCAGUUUACAUCACGAGUGUGCAACCUGUUGGCUGUCUACACCGAGAUGGUACCAUCAAAAAAGGUGAUGUUCUGCUGAGCAUCAACGGCUUUGAUUUGACCCAGCUGACCUACAAUGAGGCUGUUUCUGAACUGAAGACUCAAACAGCUCAGUCCCAGGUGGUGCUACGUGUGAUCCAGACCCUCUCUGACGACUCUGAGGACGACUCUGAGGCUGGCAACAAGGACGAAUUUGACCACACGGAUGACCCACGAGACGACACCCUCAACUGGACACCCUUGUGGACUCGCUGGCUGGGUUUACCAAGUCACUUGCACUGGUGCAGAGACGUUGUGCUGCAGAAGACCAACAAUGAGAGCUGGGGCUUCAGUAUCGUUGGGGGCUAUGAGGAGAGCCAUGGGCAGCAGCCCUUCUUCAUUAAAACCAUAGUGCCUGGAACACCUGCUCACUUUGAUGGACGUCUCAAGUGUGGAGAUGAGAUUGUGGCAGUGAAUGGAGCCACGACUGUGGGAAUGAACAACUCCUCCCUCAUCCCUAUGCUCAAGCUCCAGAAGAAUAAAGUCACACUGACUGUGGUGUCCUGGCCGGGCAGUCUAGUGUAAUUCCUGUUCAGCUGCAUUCUGUACCAGGACACUGUCCUUUCUGUGCAGUUGUAACUUGUUUCAUAACAUUUGUUAAAAUCUUUCAUUUGUAUUCCAACAUAUAGGUCUGUCAGAGCAGUCAUGUGCAGAAUUAGUAUAAUCUGUCAGGGUUGGGAGCACUCAUGGAGCAGUUGGUUGUUAUAUCUGGGUGCAGAAAUGAUGACAAUCAAUUAAUUAUAUGCUAAAACACAAACUGGAUGGAUCGUUACUUUUCUUCUUGACUGUGUGUGAAGCUGUUAAUAUACAUUUACUAGUUCUAUAUAGUAUCAGUUAAUAGUCAUAUUUGAUUCAAGUGAUUCACUUUAACAGUGUACAUUGAUUAUAUAUAGUUGCAUAAAAAUACUUGACAUGAGGUUUUUUUUGAUGAUUACAUAUAACAUGACUGCAGACUUAAUUGGCCGAUGCCAGACCACUUUUUUUUUCAAAUAAAAAAGGACCCCAAAUAUGGAGGUGCUGUGCAGAAAAAAUUGUUCACUUUUAAUGGUUUUAACAGAAAUAUGAGGCCUAGUUGUGGCAGUGUCAUUAAACUGAACAGAAAACAAACCCACUAUUAAAUGCAAAUUUCCUUUGCAUACAGCUUCCAGGUUUAUUGUAGAUCUUUAUAUUAACAUAGCCUAACAUUACAAAAUGUAAACUAAGUAACUUUUUUUAUUCUUUUCUAUGAAUCUUAGGUUUUAACAAUCCCUGAGAGACAUUAGGCAGAUUUUUUUUUCAAAGAAUCAUGUUUCUGUAUCAGUGCUCCGUAUUUAUUUACAUAUGAUAAAACUGUUCAUUCUAAAUUACUUUUAAGAAGUGGGUGCCUUGUAAAUAUUGAAGGACAAACCAGAAUGUAUAAUUGCCUUAAAAUGCCUUUGAACCAAAAAUGUGUUUUGUCUCAUUAUGUGCUGUUGAAAGGAAUUUAAAGGAGUAUGGCCUUAUCUUAUUUGAUUAUCUGUCAAAUUCCCAGUGGCCUUGCUUGUAUCUUAUUUGAUGCAAGACUUAUUGAACAAAUCAGUCUGGCUGUAAAAUGUACAGCAAGUAAUGUGUGAAUUAGCCCGUGUGCUGUUUCAUUAUGUUCAAUAAAAUCAUAUCAAAUCA